AUGGGCGAGCCGACGAACAACCUCCUGCCGAGCCCGCACCCGCUGCGGCCCUUCGAUCUCUUCACGCCCUCGCCCUCCCGGCCGGCCUCGGCGGCAGCCACCCGGCUGCCGGCGACCACGCACCACUCGGUCGGCCGGACGCUCGCCGGCGCUGGGCCCGCCGCGGGCACGGGAGAAGCGAAGGGGCUGGCGAUGCCGACGCUGGACGCGAACGCCUCGCGGCUGAUCGUGGUCUCCAACCGGCUCCCGAUCACCAUCACCUCCCAUCUCGCCGACGCCCAUCUCGACGACCGGCCCGGAGGCCCACCAGCCCAGGAGACCGACGACGCCAAGAACCCGUUCUCGUUCGCCAUGAGCUCCGGCGGCCUCGUCUCCGCCCUCUCCGGCUGCAAGAAGCAGAUGACCUUCAGCUGGAUCGGAUGGCCCGGGCUCGACGUCCGCGCCCCCGCGCACAAGACGUUCAUCGCACAGAGGCUCAAGGACGAGUACUCGUGCAAGCCCGUCUGGCUCUCCGACGACCUUGCCGACAAACACUACAACGGGUUCUCGAACUCGAUCCUCUGGCCCUUGUUCCACUACCAUCCGGGCGAAAUGAACUUCGUCGAGGCCCAUUGGGAGGCCUACAAGGAGGCCAACAUGACCUUUGCCCACGUCGUCCACAGGGACAUCGUCGAGGCCGUCGAGCGGGGCGAGGACGUGUUGGUGUGGGUCCAGGACUACCAUCUCAUGCUCCUGCCGAUGAUGUUGCGCGAGCUGCUCGACCGCCCCCUCGACCUGCCCUCCACCGCCCCCGGCCCGGCGACGAAGAAAGGGAAGGUGUCGAUCGGCUUCUUCCUGCACACGCCCUUCCCGUCGUCGGAGAUAUACCGGAUAUUGCCGGUGCGUCGGGAGAUAUUGCUCGGGCUGCUGCACUGCGAUCUCGUCGGCUUCCACACGUACGACUACGGCCGGCACUUCCUGUCGUCGUGCACGCGGAUCCUGGGGCUCCCGGCGAUGCCCAACGGGCUCGCCUUCGGCGGCCGCUACGUCCAUGUCGGCAGCUUCCCCAUCGGCAUCGAGCCCGCCAAGUUCCACGACGCCCUGCUCUCCCCCGCCGUCCAGAAGCGCAUCGCAAGCCUCGAACACCGCUUCCAGGGCAUCAAGGUCAUCGUCGGCGUCGACAGGCUCGAUUAUAUCAAGGGCGUCCCCCAGAAGCUCCAUGCGCUCGACGUCUUCUUGUCCGAGCAUCCCGAAUGGAUCGGCAAAGUCGUCCUGGUCCAAGUCGCCGUCCCGUCGCGGCAGGAUGUGGAAGAGUACCAGAACCUGCGGAGCAAUGUGAACGAGCUGGUGGGCCGGAUCAACGGCCGGUUCGGCACGGUGGAGUACAUGCCGAUCCAUUUCUUGCACCGCAGCGUGAGCUUCGACGAGCUGUGUGCGCUGUAUGCGAUCAGCGAUGCCUGUCUGGUCACCAGUCCGCGCGACGGCAUGAACCUCGUGAGUUACGAGUAUGUGGCUUGUCAGGAGAAGCGCCACGGAUGCAUGAUCCUCUCCGAGUUCACCGGCGCAGCACACUCGCUCAACGGCGCCAUCAUCGUCAAUCCGUGGGCCACCGACCAGGUCGCCGACGGCAUCUAUCGGGCCAUGGUCAUGGACGACGGCCAGCGCAAAGAAAACUUCAAGAAGCUCUUCAGCUACGUCUCCAAAUUCACCGCCGCCCAUUGGGGGCUGACGUUCGUCGCCGAGAUGCAGCGGAUCCUCAAGGAGAACGAGUUCUUCGAGAAGCAGGAGCUCGCCGCGCGCCACGCCGGCCCAGGUGCGGACGUCGACGGGCAGCAGCGGGCCGGCGAUGCGCCCCCGAUCCGCGAGGCCGCCGACGAGUCCUGA